AUGGCCCCCGAUCCCGGCCCCCUCCCCAGCUGCCCCAACCACAACCAGCCGCCAGUAGCCCCAGCCAUUUGCCAGGCCAAAUCAUCAAUUCAUAGGAUUCCCCUUUCCAUUGUUCACAUCCGCCGUUCGCACUUAUCUGAUCAACCAAUAACAAUUACAAGCUUUUCGGGAAUGGCCCAUUCCUCCAAUGGCAGUGGCCAAGUUCCCCCGCUCCCUUUUUCAAAUCCCCCUGAUGGAUCACAGGAGUCCUGGUUAGGACCGUCGCAAUCGGCCGACCGCGCCGAAUCUUUCCGGUUGUUCCAUGACAACAACCCUUGCACCGAAUCUCAAUUCAAGGCGGCUGCAAAUGCGACGAGGGCCUACAAACUGGCGCAUUCAAAUGGAGGCCCAACGCCGCCCCAGCCGGACCCUCCAAGGCCUCACCUGCGCCCGAUCUAUCUCGACUACCUGGUAUAUAACCGAUCCGUGGCGAGCCAGCUUGGCCAAUCCUCUGGCUCAAAAGAAUGGGAUUGUGUAACCCCGCCCACGAAAAGCGAGACGGUUUGGAAGGUCGACUUGGCGUUCUAUUCGUGGGCCAAGUGUCAGCGGGAGGUAAUCAAGAUGUGUGGUUCAACCUGCGAGCAUAUCGAGGCUCAUCUCCACAGGCUCCAGCGAGAAGGAUUGCUCAAGUGGCAAUGCAUUCUACAUCGGGACGGCCUCUUUGCGCAGAACAAGAAUUAUUAUGUCAAAGACGAUGCUGGUUUUUCCCCUUUUGUCCAGGCUGUCAACAAUGCGACAAAUAAGGCGAUGAUCAAGAUCAUCAUGGACGAUCCGACAAGGUCUGCGAAGGACUCUGAAGAGGCAAAAAAGGUAGCUGACAGUUUGGCGUUGAACUAUGCGGACGAAGACACUCGACUGGCUUUGCAGCGUGUGCAUACCCGCCUGGCUGCAAAUCCCAAGGCAGAUGUCAAAUACGGAUGUGACGCGGAAUCCAUGCGUGUGCGCAAUCCUGACAACCCAAAGAGAUCGAUCCGAGUGACAACCGAUGCCCUCCGGGCGUGGAGUCGGGCUAUGCUCCACGGGGCCCCUGGGGUCAACUUCGAUAACCCGCCGAAGUGUAAAGAGUGCAUCCCGGAGGAUGUUGCUGUCCUCACGCUUGAUGAAUUGGCCUCAAAGCAGGAGGCCCGAAUGUCACGACACACGCGGACGUCCUCCCCAUCGAAGCGGUCCAGUUCAGGUUCAAAGUCCCCCAUGAAAUCUCCAGCGGUUGGGGUCCCGGGAACCCCGCUUUUCUUGGGUGACAAACCCAGCGGAUUGGUCUUCACGCCGGCCCGCCGUUCCGCCUCUGGACGGAUCUUGCCUCCUCGGCUGAUGCCCGGGGAAGCCUUGCAAUCAGUUGACCAGAGUGCCGCGCUUGCCCGCCGAUCAUCGAUCCACACGAAUAGCGCCUCGAUCUCUGUCAACAGCGAUUCUGAGGCCGUGCGGGUGGACCUGGUUGGAGCCGAGGACUAUGAGGACCUCACUGGGCCCAGUGGGCACCAGGAGGACAGUUGGCGUCCUUCAACCCCAGUGGAAGACGACGUCCCGAGGGAUGUCAGCACACUAGGGACAGACAUCGAAGUCCUUCCUGCGGGUACCGUCCUUCGAUCGCCUUCUCGCAAGCUGGCGCGCAGUCCGGUCGGCGAUGGGAUAGUUCACAACUUCAGUCGGCUGGAAUUCGAGCGGCCUCGGUCUCCGUCAAGAUACCUCUCGGUGUCCCCGACUCGCAAACGCCCAGGCUCACAGGCGUCCUCGUACCCUUCCGUUGACAUGUCAAAUAAGGCCCCUUUGAAUGAGCUAGGUCGAGCCCUGUCAAUCGAUGGAUUCUUGCGACUCUGUAAUUUCACAGACGACGACCACGUGCCUAGAGUGUUAAUCUCCCUCAGCCACAUUCGCCGAUGGGAUUUCUUCCUCGACACUAACUUCUAUGUUCUCCAAAAGAUGGGGUUCCCAUACCCCAUAGCCACCCAACUAUUGAAGGGGGCCAAGUGGCUCGAGGCCACUCACGUUCAACCGAGCCACCCCGGAAAGCCCACUCUUGAAUCAUCACCCAAACUCCCCUGUUCAGCCGGCCCGGACCCUAAAUCCUUACCUGAACCCGCCCCUGCCACUCAUGAUCGUGACGCGCCUCCUGUUGCUGGGCCAUCCAGAGCAGGGUUGGCCUGUAGUACAACCGAUGGCGACCUUCCUGAAUCAAUCCCCGACUCAAGCGAAGCCGACGAUGGACGCCCGAGCCUUGACCAUGGUGGGUCCAGUUUGGAUCCAGAUUACCAACCGUCCCCCAAAUAUUGA